UUUGGGGUCAGUUUAGGGUACUCCAGGUGUGUGUCACCUGUCCCAGGUGUGUCUCACCUGUGUGUGCAGAUCACGAAGGUGAAGUACGUGGACAAGAUCCACAUCGGUCACUUUGAGAUCGACGCCUGGUAUUUCUCCCCGUUCCCGGAGGAUUACGGGAAGCAGCCCAAGCUCUGGAUCUGCGAGUUCUGCCUCAAGUACAUGAAGUUCGAGAGGACCUACCGCCUGCACCUGGGGCAGUGCCAGUGGCGGCAGCCGCCGGGGCGGGAGAUUUACCGCAAGAGCAACAUCUCCGUCUACGAGGUGGACGGGAAGGACCACAAGAUCUACUGCCAGAACCUGUGCCUGCUGGCCAAGCUCUUCCUGGACCACAAGACCCUUUACUUCGACGUGGAGCCCUUCGUGUUCUACCUGCUCACCGAGGUGGAUCGGCACGGGGCGCACAUCGUGGGAUACUUCUCCAAGGUGGGCACACCUGGGCCACACCUGGGGCACCUGGAUCAUCUCCAUGUCACCCCCU